AUGUACAACUUAAACCUCUACCUGUGUCCUUCUGCUGCAGGUAUCAUUGAGGCUGUGGCCAAAGACUUCUUUGACAUUGAUGUGACCAUGGAUAUCCUCAGCAUGAAUAAGGAAGAGGAGAGGACAGGAAAGAAAGAGCAUGUUGUGUUUCUGGUUGUACAGAAGUCUCACAGCCAGAUGGGAAGGGCAAAGCCAAACAGGUUAAAAGGCAAUCAGGAUAUCCAGAGGGACCAAGAGGCCCUGGAGGCAGCUUUCCUUAGGAUGAAGGAGAAAUAUUUGAGUGUCUCUGUUUGCCCUGUGAAGAAAUCCCACUGGGAAGUUGUGAGAAGUAUAGUCAUGUUCGGAAAAGGGCAUAUCGUGAACACCUUUGUGCCCGUUUAUCCCGAGCGUCUCUGGAUUGAACAGAAGACAUUCUGCAAUGCUUUUCCUUUCCACAUUGUAUUUGAUGAAUCACUGAGGGUCAAGCAAGCUGGAGUGAAUAUUCAGAAGUAUGUCCCAGGACUCCAAAACCAGAAGAUUCGAUUGGAUGAGUAUUUCUCCAUCAUUCAUCCCCAAGUUACCUUCGACAUUUUCAGCAUCUGCAAAUUUAUCAACAGUCAAUUUGUCCUGAAGGCCCGAAGAGAAAGGAUGCCUGAGGCAUGGAAAAGUCAGCCCGCACUCAAACUGCGAGGCCAGAUGAUCUGGAUGGAGUCUGCGCGGUGCAUGAUAUACCUGUGCUCCCCGAAGCUCCGCAGCCUGCGAGAGCUGGAGGCGCACCGGAUGCACCUGUCUGACAUCGCCCCCCAUGACACCACCAGGGACCUCAUCCUCCUGAACCAGCAGCGGCUGGCAGAGAUUGAGCUGUCCAACCAGCUGGAGAGGAAGAAGGAGGAGCUGCGGGUCCUCUCCCAGCACUUGGCCAUAGAAAAGAAGAAAACCGAGACCUUGCUUUAUGCCAUGCUGCCGGAACAUGUGGCCAACCAGCUGAAGGAGGGCAAAAAGGUCGCCGCGGGUAAAGCAUUCCUUCCCCUUCAUGGGUGCCUCUGGGCAAGAGUAGCGGUGUGCCUCAGGGGUUAGGGGCACAGCCUCCGAAACCAGACAGCUCUGGGUUUGGAUUCUGGGUCCAUCACUUGUUAGCAGCAUGAUCUUGGGCAGGUUGCUUGAGAUGCACGUCCUCAGUUUUCUUCUCCCAACAUCAAGAAUAAUGAAAGUAAUACCAGAGUGAAACAUGGAUUAAGUAAGAGUGCCUGUCAACUUCACCCACCUAUGGCACGUUCUCUAAGACCUGAAAGCUAUGGCUUGACACUGGCCUUUUCGUCAGUGGCCACGAAUAGAGUUCUUUAGCUGGACAUAAUACACCCACACGU